AUGGCCGAAUAUUUGGCGGCUAUAUUUGGUACUGAAAAGGACAAAGUAAAUUGUUCGUUCUACUUCAAAAUCGGCGCUUGUCGACAUGGAGAUCGUUGUUCACGAAUUCAUAACAAGCCUACUUUCUCACAGACUGUAUUGCUGCAAAACUUGUAUGUGAAUCCACAAAAUUCAGCUAAAUCAGCUGAUGGUAGUCACUUGGUGGUAGCAAAUGUAUCAGAUGAAGAAAUGCAAGAGCACUAUGACAAUUUCUUUGAAGACGUAUUUGUUGAAUGUGAAGAUAAAUAUGGAGAAAUAGAAGAAAUGAAUGUGUGUGACAAUCUCGGGGAUCAUCUGGUUGGGAAUGUAUAUAUUAAGUUCCGUCGAGAAGAAGAUGCAGAGAAAGCUGUAAAUGAUCUAAACAAUCGCUGGUUUGGUGGUAGGCCUGUAUAUGCAGAGUUAUCACCUGUCACAGAUUUCCGUGAAGCAUGCUGCCGUCAAUAUGAAAUGGGCGAGUGUACUAGAAGUGGGUUCUGUAACUUCAUGCACCUUAAGCCAAUUUCUCGAGAGCUCAGGAGAUACCUGUACGCGCGACGUAAGGGCGGGCGACGCUCACGCAGUCGCUCCCGUGAGCGCCGCCGCCGCUCCCGCUCGCGCGAGCGCCGUCGCGAGCCGCCGCGCAACUCGCGCUCCGGACGCUAU